GCCGCGCAUGCGCGGGCCGUGACGCGAGGGGUGGGUCUCGUCCGCCCGGCGCUCCAAGGGCAGGCGGGCGAUGGCGGCCGUGGCGGUGGCGGCGGCGCGGGGCGGCUUGCGCGGGGCCCUGGUGGCGCAGCAGCAGCGCUGGAGCUCGGGCUCGGGCGCCGACCAGCUGGGCGAGCUGGGCAAAGGCGCCGGGAAGGGCGGCGGCGGCGGCGGCGCCAUCCGCGAGGCGGGGGGCGCCUUCGGGAAGAAGCAGGCGGCCGAGGAGGAGCGGUACUUCAGGGAGAAGGAGAGGGAGCAGCUCGCUGCCCUAAGGAAACACCACGAGGAAGAGAUUCAUCACCACCAGAAAGAGAUAGAGCGGCUGCAGAAAGAAAUUGAGCGCCAUAAGUAUAAGAUCAAGAAGCUUAAAGACGAUGACUAAGCGGAUGCUGUUCUUGAAUGUGCAUGGCCUAUAUGAUUGUGGUGUAAAACAGCAUUGAAGACUGUAUGCUUUGGCCAACAUAAUCCAAAUUCGUCCAAUUAUACUGUGGUCUGCAAUAACAUCAAAUAAACUACUCGGUCUCUCUU